CCCACCCACACUCACCAGCUGUCUCCUGUGUCUGUCAGAUGCUCCUGUCAUCUCUGACCACCUUCCCUCACCUCUGACUGAUGUUUUUGCAUUUUUCCUCUUUGUUUCCUGGCUCAGUGGACCGAUACCUCAACCUGUAAGCUGUGGCUGACAUGACUCCAGAAAAGGAAACUAAUGGACUUGACAACUUUGCCUUUGCGCUGGAGGGGCGCUUCUGUGAUCUACCUGACGCCGGAGAAGAGCUGGACCCCUCGGUGGACGAGGACAGCAGCAAGCUAGCGUACUGUGUAACAGACGUCCCUCCCUGGUACCUGUGCAUUAUUCUCGGCAUCCAGCACUGUUUGACUGCAUUCGGAGGCAUCAUCGCCAUCCCAUUAAUCCUGUCACAAGGGUUGUGUUUGCAGCACGACAGCCUCACGCAGAGCCACCUCAUCAGCACCAUCUUCUUCGUUUCCGGCAUCUGCACCCUGCUGCAAGUCACCUUCGGCGUAAGGUUGCCCAUUCUCCAAGGUGGGACAUUCACUUUGUUGGCCCCCUCCAUGGCAAUGCUGUCCAUGCCGGAGUGGACCUGUCCUGCCUGGACUCAAAACGCCAGCUUAGUCAACACCUCCUCCACAGACUUCACAGAGGUGUGGCAGAGUCGUAUGAGAGCUCUGCAGGGCUCCAUCAUCGUGGGCUCGCUCUUCCAGGUGUUUGUUGGCUUCUCGGGCCUCAUCGGCCUCUUCAUGCGCUUCAUCGGACCUCUCACCAUCGCUCCCACCAUCUCUCUCAUUGGACUGUCCCUGUUUGACUCAGCCGGUGUCAGUGCUGGGAACCACUGGGGCAUAUCUGCAAUGACCACAGCGCUGAUCAUCCUGUUCUCACAGUACCUCCGUCACAUAACGCUGCCCUUUCCGACUUACAGCAAGGAGAAAAAACUGCACACCACUCGAGUUUAUGUCUUUCAGAUUCUCCCUGUCCUGCUCGGGAUUACGUUGUCUUGGCUCAUCUGUUAUAUUUUGACCAGCUACAACAUACUUCCCUCUGAACCAGAGGAAUACGGCUACCUGGCACGCACAGAUCUAAAGGGAGAUGUUAUCGGUCGAGCUCCUUGGUUCACUUUCCCAUACCCAGGACAAUGGGGGAUGCCGACUGUGAGCCUGGCAGGGGUGGUUGGCAUCUUGGCCGGCGUCAUUUCCUCUAUGAUAGAGUCUGUCGGGGACUACCACGCUUGCGCCAGGUUAUCCGGGGCUCCACCACCCCCGAAACAUGCUAUCAACAGGGGCAUUGGUAUCGAAGGACUGGGCUGUCUGCUGGCGGGCGCCUGGGGCACGGGAAAUGGCACCACUUCAUACAGCGAGAAUGUUGGGGCCCUUGGGAUUACAAAGGUUGGCAGUCGCAUGGUGAUCGUGGCCAGUGGAGUGCUGAUGGUUGUCAUGGGUGUAUUUGGUAAAGUGGGCGCUAUAUUCACCACUAUCCCAUCACCUGUGAUGGGAGGAAUGUUCAUGGUUAUGUUUGGCGUCAUCUCUGCAGCAGGAGUUUCUAAUCUGCAGUACGCAAAUAUGAAUUCGUCUCGGAACAUCUUUAUAUUCGGGUUCUCCAUGUUCUCCGGGCUGGUCAUUCCAAACUGGAUAUUAAAGAACCCCAAAGCAAUUAAUACAAAUGUUGUAGAACUUGACCAGAUGUUGCAAGUUCUUCUGACAACAAGCAUGUUCGUCGGAGGCUUCUUUGGCUUCAUACUGGACAACACUAUUCCAGGAUCGAAGCAUGAACGGGGCCUCCUAGCCUGGAACAAGGCUCACGAGGAUGUCACCAGCAACCCACUGGAGAGCGGGGAAGUCUACAACCUUCCCUUUGGUAUCAGCUCGUACUUAUCUUCUUCCUCCUGGCUCAGGUACAUACCUUUCUGUCCCCCUGGUACGCCCAGCACAAUGGAUGGAUGUGGAACAGACACUAAUUCGCUGGAGCCUAAGCUACCCCUGGGAAACCCGGAGCCUGCACAGAUCAUCAUUGGAGUCGGUCUGUGAGUGGUGCACUCGCUCCGGCCUGCCGUAUUUGGGAUUUUCCAAAAACGAUACCAACAAAGGCAGCUCAGUUUGGACCCAUAGGCGUCCUAUAUUAAAUUCACCACCUAACAACAUGGUGCACAGAGUGACAUUUACAAUUCCUGAUUAUGCAUUGGUACGUGAACCAGUAGGGAGGUAGUUGUAGUCAAACUUUUGUAUAUUAACGAUACACCGAGGAUACACAUAUGGCAAAUACUGUGCAUAUGUUCUUGAACAUUAUAUUGAUACUGAAUAUACUCUGUCUUUGGUUUAAAGCUUGAUGUGUCAUAAGAUUUCCUCAUGUUGUUACUGUCAGAAUGCAAUCAUACCCAGGUGCUAGUGAACAAACAUUGAAAAGACAGGUGAAUGUACGUAAAUUCAACAUUCGACAUAUGCAUACUGUAGAUCCACAUGUAUAUAUAAAGUACCUCAUGUUUGAAUGGAUUUUUGCCUAUAUUUUAAAGUGCCAAUGAACUAUUUGCACAAUUUGCCAAUGUACUAUUGUGCUGAUAUGCCAGUGUGCUGUGAUUAGUUGAUUGUUCCAGUGGCCUGAACAGACAACACCAGUAGUUCAAGAACUGAAGCUGGCAGUGCUGCAAGUGAAGUAAAACUGCAAGGAGAUAGUUGAGACAUGAAAUUUAUUAAAAGCGUUUAACUGGACACAAUAUUCAUAUAGACUCUCAAGUUCUUUAACUCUCAUCGGGAAAUUGCAAACUCUAAAAUUCCAUAAAAUACACCUACAAAACAACUUCUUUUUUUCUCAGCUAUCACCGGGAUUAUAUUGGCAUAUAGUUGACACGUAGAGUAUGUGAUUUCAUUGAGGCUUUAAAAUUGGUUUCAUUAUCUAUGUCACUUUCCCUCCUUGUGCUGUCAGUUUGUGUCAAGAUUUCUCUCCAUGACUUCUUGCUGUAUACAAAUUGCAAUUUUGCCUCAAUGCACAAAUCAGGAUGACUUUUUUCUUAUGUGCAUAUAAAAACUAUACAUGAAACCAC